UGCCUUAACUACACUUUGCUGCUAAUACCUAUGUACUUUUACUUAAGUGGGAUUUUUCAUGCAGGACUUUUACUUGUAAUGGAGCACUUUUAUAUUGCUGUACAGAUGCUUUUCCCGUCAACGGAGGAGGUGCUAUAGGAGGGAGGAGCACUGACAGAUACCGGCAGCGAGAUGAGGAAUAAACAGCUGAGUUAAAAUAUCCAAGACAAUAUCGCAAACAUGAAAAGAAACAAAUCAUACUCGAGUAAAACGGUUAAUACGUGUAUUUUCUGUUUAAUUGCGAGCGGCCAAGACAAAGGAACAGAAGUAAUUAAAAAGAAUAAUGAGCUGGUGUGUUUCCGAGACAUUUGCCCCGCUGCCCCUCACCACUACCUGGUUGUUCCCACAGAGCACAUACUCAGCUGCCUCUCACUGCACAGGGGACACAUCGGCCUCGUUGAAAGGAUGGCUGAAAUGGGGAAAGCUGUGCUGCUUGAACAAGGGAUCACUGAUAUGAACGACAUAAGGCUGGGGUUCCACCUACCUCCCUAUAUUUCAGUAAAUCACCUCCACCUCCAUGUGCUCGCCCCCGCCAGCCAAAUCUCGCCGAUCAUGAAGUAUAAAUUCAUUCCAGGCACCAGCAGUUUUGUCAACGAAGAUCAUCUACAGAAACAACUAAAAAGUAUUAGUCCCCUAACCAAGUCCUUUUUAGGAAGCUGUUGGUGGUGUCCGUGAGCCAGCAGCUCCCAAUCUGGACUUUGGAUAAUUUGCAAAGGAGCAACAAAUGUCUCACAAGAGUCUUUGAACUGGAAACACUAAAGCAAUGACGAUAUUAUAAACUGACAUCUGGAAAGAGGAGAAAAUGUAUCUGGAAAUUGCUAAUGUCAUCUAGCGUGGUUGUGUUGUAUACAUGUUUAAGCAGUUUGUAUUUAUUUGUAUACAGUAAGCAUUUAUAAAUAAUAUACUGUAUAUUACAGGCGUUUGUGAGUAUGAAUGUGGACAAAGUGUGAAAUGAUUUAUACUUUUAUGGUCAGUGACGUAAGAGAAUAAUGAAAUGGAUCUAUUAUA